UGCUAUGUUAGAAGACCAAAUCCUUUAUGAAACUAAAAGUUUGAGUGUUUGGGAGUAUAUAUUUCGUAAAUUUACUUUUUAUCUGCCAUUUUUUAGAUCAUCACCAUUGUAAUGUGUUGCUCUUAUGUUCUCAGUUACUGAUAAACACCAAUUCAAGCCAGAGCAGACGCUGUAUAGAUUUCGCUAUGACGAUGGCACAUUUUACCCAAGAAAUGAGAUGCAGGAUGUGAUUUCAAAGGGUGUAAGGUUAUACUGUCGUCUUCACAGUCUCUUUACUCCAGUGAUAAGAGAUAAAGAUUACCAUUUAAGGACCUAUAAAUCUGUGGUCAUGGCCAACAAACUGAUAGACUGGUUAAUUGCACAGGGGGAUUGCCGCACCAGAGAAGAGGCAAUGAUAUUUGGCGUUGGACUGUGUGACAAUGGAUUUAUGCAUCAUGUCCUUGAAAAAAGUGAAUUCAAAGAUGAAGCCCUGCUUUUCCGUUUUUUUGCUGAUGAAGAAAUGGAAGGAUCGAAUAUGAAACAUCGACUUAUGAAACAUGACUUAAAAGUUGUGGAAAACGUGAUAGCUAAGUCUCUACUGAUUAAAUCUAAUGAAGGCAGCUAUGGAUUUGGGCUAGAAGACAAAAAUAAAGUUCCAAUAAUAAAGAUGGUAGAAAAGGGAUCUAAUGCUGAGAUGGCUGGCAUGGAAGUUGGGAAGAAGAUUUUUGCUAUUAAUGGUGACCUUGUAUUUAUGAGACCUUUCAAUGAAGUCGAUUGCUUCCUGAAAUCCUGUUUAAAUAGCAGAAAGCCUCUCAGAGUGCUUGUGAGCACAAAGCCAAGGGAGUAAGUUGAAUGAUGAAUGAUUUUUUUGUGGGAUUUAAAAAUAUGUGUGUUUGUGUGUGUGUAUGUGUGUGUGUGUGUAUAUGAAUGAAUAAAAUAGAAAAGUUAACUGAGUAAAUGUUUAGAAUUAAACCUCUAUACCACUAAUACUGGUCUGCAGGUGAUGGGAAAAACUACAGUGCUUAUGGUGGUAAGUGCUUGCCACUUGAAUCACAAAGGAUCAGUAGAUGUUUCUUUUUUUGCCCAAGUUUUCUUGUUCUGGAUUAGGAUGAGUUUCACGAUGAGUGAGAAAAGUAGCAGAGAGCCAGGGAAUAAAGAGCUGCAUGUUGAGCUAUAAGAACUUUUGAUGCUGUGAGGUGAUUAGACACCAUUUAUAAUUCAGUGCUCAUAAGAGAUGGGAUCAAGUCUGAAAGAUACUUGUACGUAUAUAUACUUAUUCUUAUGCCCAAAGAAUCGCUGUCUGCCCAUCUCUACCAUCUAUCAACUUGUGAUUAGAAAAAAAAUCAUGUUUAUUACAGAAGAUUUGGAGAUUUUUCUAAAAGAAGACAUUUUUCAUAU